CCACAAACAUCAUAAACACAAGAAAACUACUGUGUGGCGGGAGGAGAAGAAGAAGAAGAACGAUGGCGGCGCCAAAACCCGAGUUCACGGAUUCCUUCGUCGUGCAAACCGGCAACUACGGCGACUUCGUCCGCCUGUGCCGGCAAAAUGUGAUCAAAUACUGCAGCAACGUCACGGGCAUCGCUCAGCCCGUGCUGCCGCAGGAGCAGCCGAUCCCCAAGCGCUGGUUCCACGUCCUCCUCCGCACCGAGACCAGCUCCCUCACGCUGGCCGUGCGCAUGGACAACCUCUACCUCGUCGGCUUCAGGACCCCAGCCGGGGUGUGGUGGGAGUUCAACAACGAGCAAGGCAAGCACCUCAUCACGGGCGCCAGGUGGCUCGGCUUCGGCGGCCGGUACCAGGAUCUCAUCGGCCAGAAGGCGCUGGAGACCGUCACGCUGGGCCGUUUCCAGAUGACCGAAGCCGUCAAUGUCCUGGCGAAGCACCCCGGCGGCACACCUGCUGCGGUGGCGGAGGAGCUGCAGCCGCAGGGCGGCGUAUUGGUAUCGGCGGAGGGUGGCGUUCAGCAGGCCGACCCGUCCGCCGAGGCCAAGAGCAAGCUGGCGAAGCUGGUGAUCAUGAUCUGCGAGGGGCUGCGCUUCCUCACUGUGUCCGGCACGGUGGACAAGGAGUUCGAGAACCCCGCGGCGACGGUGACCCAGAUGCAGGGGAAGCAGGUGAAUAAGUGGGAUAGGAUCUCGGCGGCGGUGUUCAAGUGGGCUCAGGACCCGACUGCUGAGUUCCCCGAUCUGGAGGAGGUGGGCGUCGAGGACAGAAACGAUGCAGCCAGGAUCGUCGCGCUCGUCAAAUUUCAGAAGGCCAACUAGCUAGUAGUAACUAGCUAGUACCAGUGGUGGUUACCUGUACCUGCACGUCUACGUCGUUACGUAUAUGCGCGUGCGCGCCGUACGCGCUGGCUAGUAGGACGUGUGCAUCCACAAAUAAGUACACCGGCCUGCCGGUGUCGUUCCAGCAGCUCUUUGCGUUGGUGGCUUGCUUGCCACCUUAAUUAACUGUAUCCCUCUAUUGUUAUAUAUAAAUAAUAUAAAUAAAUAAACUCCCGCGGGCUCCAUGCUUGCCUCUUA